CAUUCGUUAAACACCAUCGCGCUGAGUGUUCCACGCUGUGAGAUUCAUUGGCGGUGUUGCGGUGCAUGGUAGUACGAGAAACACUGUCAGAGUAUUUCACCUCGGUGAUCCUUCUGCAUCUGCGGAACAAUGAAGAUUCGAGAGCCGUUAACGGAACCGAGCGUCAUGUAAAUCCUUUGGUUGCGCUAUUUUGUUUGAAAAUGGAACCGGUUCCUCGGUCCUCGGUUCAAAUCCCAAGACCUGAUAUUUGUCUUCCUUGGAGUAGCCUAUAGCCUUUUACAUGCGCUCACGAUCGUCAAGUCUAUCAGAUAAUGGGACGUAAAGAUGGGGUACGACACCAGUUGCUCUCUUAAAAAUAGGUAACGUAAGGAUAUAUGAGGUAAAUGUUACGUUCACAUAGUAGCCUAUAUCUAAUUCUAAUACGGUAAGUGAUAUACACAAAAUAGGGUAGCUAUUAUAUUCACGCUCCGGCGUUCAUUUAAAAACAUUUUGUGAUGAAGUAUUGAAUGUGCCAUUUUGGUAAAAGGUAAGGGGUGUUGGCUUUGUUUGCUCGUCAUAGGAUUACGAUUUUGGUGACACGAGGGUGUUAAACCGUUGUUAGGGCUCUCAAAUGAAAGUAAGACUAUUUUAAAACCAUCUUCGCGCUGCCUACGUUGUGAAGAGGUCGCACUGUUGUCUUUCUCGAAUGCCUAUGCUUUUAACAUUUCACGAGCGAUAUUUCUAAAGACUUACGUCACGGCAAAUGCGCACGUGCCCGACAGAAAUCGCCCGAAAGACUGAAGUUCAUCAAUUCUGAGCUGACUUUUAAAGGGGGAAAGGGUCCGUGGUGAUGUUCGCCUUGUUUUUUUGCUUUUUUCUCGGAUGUUCUGCAGCCUCUCCUGCCGGAGAAUGACCCCCCCUCAGCGCCUGUCGGAAUGCCGUUUCUCUCCGCGUGCACAAGGGCCACGCGCCAGAUGGCCACAUCAUAACCGACUGUGAUACUUGAUACUAUUGCACUAAAGCUGGACCCUAACUUUGCGGAUCUGAUGGGGAUUAUUUGCACCCAGUGGUGUACGCCUGCACUGCAGUGAUGCUGCUCUGCCUGCUGAUUUCCAUCAUGACAUACAUUGUACACCACAGCAUAAUCCGAAUCAGCAGGAAAGGAUGGCACAUGCUCCUCAACUUCCUCUUCCACACUGCCAUGACGUUUGGGGUGUUUGCAGGAGGCAUCAACCAGAUCAAGUACCCUGUGAUCUGUCAAGUGGUUGGCAUUAUCUUGCACUACUCCUCCCUCUCUAGCAUGCUAUGGCUGCUCUUCACUGCCAGGAAUAUUUGCAAGGAGGUGUCCAAGGCUCCACCCAUACCUCAGGACAGGGACCCUCCCAACCAACCACGCCCUAAAGCCACCAUCUUCAGGUUUUAUCUGGUCUGUGGUGGGAUACCUCUAAUUAUAGUGGGUGUUACGGCUGCUGUUAGCUUGGAUAACUACGGUAGCAGAGAUGACGCCCCUUACUGUUGGAUGGCCUGGGAACCCAGUCUUGGGGGCUUUUACGGUCCCACUGCCUUCUUGGUCUUGGUAAUGUGCAUCUACUUUCUAUGGACAUUCGUGCAGCUAAAGCGGCACCCGGAGCGCAAGUAUGAGCUCAAGGCCAUGACCGAAGAGCAGCAGCGUCUAGCCGUAGCUGAAAUCGGCCAUUGCCACGCCGUAAGCGGAGAACCAGGUGAGCAUGGUGAUCACACAGGCUGCACAGCCAUCACAGCCUCCAUGCUGGCCAACGAACACUCUUUUAAAGCUCAGCUGAGGGCCACCGCCUUUACUCUCUUCCUCUUCCUGGCCACCUGGGUAUUCGGAGCACUGGCCGUAUCACAGGGCCAUUUUCUAGACAUGAUCUUUAGCUGCCUGUACGGAGCAUUUUCAGUCACAUUGGGGCUUUUUCUGCUGAUUCAGCACUGUGCAAAACGUGAUGACGUGUGGCACCGGUGGUGGGCAUGUUGCCCCAACAAACCAAAGGUGGAGGUCAACGGAGAACCGGCGGGGAGCACCGCUCCCCUUUCUCAAAGUCAUAGCCAUACACCAUCCCAUGGGCAGAACCAAAUCCACUGCCAGGUCGACUCGUCCUGCCCAGGUAAACCAUUGCUUUCCCCGCACCUUCACUCCCCUUUGCCGCACUGCAAGUUGGGUACUCUACCCUCCACCCAGAACCACACAAGCACCUGCUGUGCCACCCUUCACAGCCCCUCUUCCUUAAUCGGGAGCGCGACUCGACCGCAGUCCCUCCCUGACGAAUUGCCCCGGCCAACCCUUCCCCUACAAAGCUGCCUGAAGGACAGGUCUAAGACUCGUUCCUUCAACCGACCUCGACCCUGUCUCAGGGACUAUUCUUAUCACAUGACCUCCACCAGCAUGGACGGCAGCGUGCACAGCUCCCACCUGGACAGCCCCCACAGUGUGCACCUGGACAACCCUCUCACCUGCCACACGUCCCAUUUGGACACUCAACUGUCUUGUCACAGCCCCCACCCGGACAACCAGCUGCGCUGCCCCAGUCCCAGUCCCCACCUCGAGAGUUUGGCUUCGCACGGCCUUCACGAUAGCCUCUCCUGCCACAGUGCACACUUGGACAGCCAGCUCUCCUGCCACAGACACAUGUGCUGUGCCAAAGCAGACCCAUUUUCGAGCAUAUGCUGCCAUAAAGCUGACCCAUUUGUCAGCUCUUGCCAGGCCGAGGAUCCUGACACGGGUCCACUGGUGUACAGUUGCGCAAAAAUGGCUGAUAAAGAGGACGAAACCAUGCUGCAUUUGGAUAUAACCCCUCCCAAAGCCACUCUGUCGUGCUCCCAGGCCACGCUCAGCAGGAAAGGCACUCUCAGCCGGAGAGGGACACUGAGUCGGAACAGUAGUCAGCAUGAGGACUACGUGCUUACCUCUGAUUCCACAGGUAACAUUAGGACUGGACCUUGGAAAAAUGAGACAACCGUGUAGGCCUGUGAAUGACGUGCUAACCUGUUUCUCUCUCCUGAACUAAACUACUGUGUAGUCCCAGGGCUGUUACCCAAAGGCCCUCUCUUCUUUGAGCUAAGCUACUGUGUAGUCCCUCUGCUGUGACUUCCGCUUUUUCACCGCCCCAUAUACCUUCUCUUCCCCUUUAAAGAGGUUUGAACCUCUGCUUACCUCUUCUCAGACUUCAUUUCAUGUUUCAUCCCAGCUCCAUUCGGUUUGUCCUCUUGCCAUUUUGAUAUGGCAGCAAAGAUCACAUGACAUGCAUUUUAAUUUGGAUGAUUUUUUAUAAUCAAACUGAUUUUUGUACGUGUUUUUUGGGUAUGGUAACAUAAUGUGAAAUUAUGUCAUUGUGGAUGUGUGCGAGUGUGAGCGUGUGUGUAUUUAGUGGGUGAGAAAGUACUGAGUGCAUGUGUUUGUGUCUAUUUGCAUGUGACAACAUGCUUGUGUGUAUAUAGAUAGCAAGAUCUCCAUUUGUGCAAGAAAAGUCCUGUUUUAGAGCCAAAAUCUCCCACAUUUGUUUUUAGCCUUUUAAUAAAACAAUGCUAAAUGGAUCGCCAAGUGUAAAAACACCAGCACUUAAUUUGAUUACUUUUAAGGAAAACUGUGAAUUAUCACUAAUCAAAUUAAGAUUGAUCAAUGAACAUAUGUGAGUUACAGUAUAUGUGCCAAACAGUAUAAUAAUUAAAAUACACCUCUUUAAACUGAAAUCUACCCCAAAGUACGAAGUAGUCUUGUGAUUAUGUGGAUAAGUGUAUGCUUGUCACAACGAAGCUGUCAUUUUUUCAUCUACAGACAUAAAAACAGCAAACAAAUAGGCUCCCUGUGUUUCCAUGGUGACAAAUCAUGAAGAGAGGUGCCCAGUCAGAAUGCAUUUUGAACUGCACAUGUGAUGUAUGCACAUACAGUAUUUAGUUACUGGCAAUGAGGCGAAGAUCAGUUCAAGCCAAUGGCCUUACAGAACUAACAUUUUACAUUGAUCAAAAGUCUUAUGUUGCACUAAAUCAUUAAAGCAUGCUCACCAUAAUGUAGGAAGCAAUUAUUUACAUGCCUAACAAGCUACGUAUAGCUACAUAUAUUCUUGUGUUUGACAGGAACGCAUCUUAGCUUACUGGAAACACUCAUGGUUAUUUAUUCUGAGGCAAAAAAAGGAGGGCUUUACUUUCUACUUUAGAAGAAAGGAUUUUCAUUAACAGUUUAUAUCACUGUGCCAACUCACCUGCUCACAAAAAUCAUCUGAUUUUAACUCAUCUGUCAAACAGGCAGCGAGUAAAUGAAAACAAAAAGAAAAAAUGUCUCUGCCUACUCAUAUUGUAAAAGAUUAUCAGGCACUUUGAUUCAAAACAAGUAAAUCAAGAAUAAAAUAGAAUCCGAACACUACAUUAUACAGCAAGUUCAAUGAAACAUAAGAGUAAGAAUUUUGAUUCGAAAAAUGUAUCAAAAUGUUUUAAUUGAACUCAUUCAAGUGCUUUAUCUAUUAAAUUCUAUUUAUUAUUUAAUUGUUUUGAAUCAGCACCUGAUUUACAAUAUGUAAACUGUCGCAGCUGCAAUAGCUACAUGUAUCUAUUUUUAUUUUGUUUAUUAUUCUUAAUAAUACGUGCCAUUAUUUAAUCUCAAUGCCAAAUGAAGAAUAAUGUGAAAUAUUUGGAAAAUUCCUUAUGUGGUUUAUGUUGGGUUUCUUUGUGAGCUCAGGGAUCAUGUUACAUUUACAACUACACAAGAUACAAAUUUGCAUGAAAUGAAUAUUGGCUAUUGACCCCAGAGUGUUUCACCAUCAAAUAAAAAAAAAAAUAUAUAUAUAUGUAUUAAAAUAUAUUUUUAACUCAAAUUGCCCUUCACCAGCCAACCCAUGCUUUCAUCAGAUGUGUAGCACAUGGAUACUAUUAAGCUCUCUCUUGAAUCCUUGGAGGAAAUGAAAUUUGUCUAGCUGCCUGAUUUACCAUGUGUUGUGCUUUAUCUUUACCCACACAACCCACCUGUCAUUUAUAGCAAAUGAAAGAACUGCAGUCAUUUUUUGGUCAGUACAUGUGAUUCGUGCUCUGACCUGACCCAAAGCCAGUUGAUUUAUUUUUUUUUUUUUUACAUUUGUCACAAUUUUCAAUAAAUGUAUUUUAUCACCUGA